UGGUGUGACACAACUAGACCAUGGUGGCAACCACCGCUCCUUACUCGCCUGCGCAGCUUUCAAUACCUUGUCGGCACGUAAUCACUGUUUGUGCCUUCCGGCGCCGCGGCUUCGACAGGUUCGAUAGGGAUACGUCGCCUAGCGCUAAUGAUGGUUUUGAACAGUUUAUAUUUGAGAUGAAGAAGGGCCCUCGAAAAUAUUAACCGGAGAUACUCCGUCUCGCAGCGUCUUCCUUUUUAAGUUUUUUAUUUUAUUUUCUUUUCUUUAAAUUGUAGAUUAUUACUGUUAGCUGGUCAAAGAUUUUGUUUUUUAAUAUAUUAAUAUUUAUUAUUUGGGUACAUAUAUAUUUGAAGACUGAUUAGAUCAAAGCUGAGAUGCUGAGAUGAAAAAUGGCAUAUUAAAAGGUCGUUGUGCUACGGUGAAGGGAGAAGAGACUUUUGAUGUUGGGUUUGACGUCUGAGGAUAUUUUCGUCUUUUCCUCCUAAUUUAACGGCUAAACCAUAUAAUUAGUUACUUAGUAAGGAUAUACAGACACAGUGGUGGUAACAACCGGGCGCUCACGAAUCAACCAACCUACCAUGGCUGAUUCAUCGGGGACGACGUUAAUGGAUCUGAUAACGGCGGAUCCGUCGGCCGCAACAUCGGGAUCAACGACUGCUCCUCCGGUUUCUGCACCUGCAUCAGCCUCGCAGCUGCCGACGGGAUCAGUAACAACGACAUCUACAUCGUCAUCGUCAGGGAAGACGACGUUAGGAGAGAGGAAGUCAAAGAGAGCGACGCUUUUGCAGAUCCAAAGCGAUACCAUUUCAGCUGCUAAAGCUGCUUUACAUCCAAUGAAAACAAACAUCAUUCCUCAGAAACAAAAGAAGAAGCCAGUUUCUUAUUCACAGCUAGCUAGGAGUAUCCAUGAACUAGCUGCUACUUCUGAUCAGAAAAGUUCUCAAAAGCAAUUAGUACAUCAUGUGUUUCCCAAGCUCGCCGUUUACAACUCAGUUGACCCGUCAUUGGCACCGUCACUUCUUAUGUUGGAUCAACAGUGUGAAGAUAGGACAGUCCUACGCUAUGUCUAUUAUUACUUGGCCAGAAUUUUAUCAGACAAUGGUGCGCAAGGUCUGAGUUCAGGUGGUGGGAUCCCAACUCCUAAUUGGGAUGCUCUAGCUGACAUUGAUGCUGUUGGUGGAGUGACCCGAGCUGAUGUUGUACCAAGAAUAGUAGAACAACUGUCAGUAGAAUCCUCGAAUGCUGAUAAUGAAUUUCAUGCUCGGAGGUUGCAAGCUUUGAAGGCUCUCACCAAUGCUUCUGCAAGCAAUACUGAUAUUUUAUCUAGAUUGUAUGAAAUUGUUUUUGCUAUUCUUGAUAAGGUUGCUGAUACUCCUCAAAAACGGAAGAAAGGCGUUUUUGGGGCUAAAGGUGGUGAUAAAGAGUCUAUCAUACGGAGUAAUUUGCAAUAUGCUGCGCUAAGUGCAUUGAGAAGGCUUCCUUUGGAUCCUGGAAACCCAGCAUUUUUGCAACGUGCUGUACAGGGGAUUUCAUUCUCGGAUCCUAUUGCUGUAAGGCAUGCUUUAGAAAUCAUCUCUGAAUUGGCAGCAAAAGAUCCUUAUGCAGUCGCAAUGUCAUUAGGAAAACUUGUACUUCCUGGAGGGGCUCUGCAGGAUGUUCUCCAUUUGCAUGAUGUCCUUGCUAGAGUUUCACUGGCCAGGUUAUGCCAUAGAAUAUCUAGAGCUCGUGCACUAGAUGAGAGGCCAGAUAUUAAAUCACAGUUCAACUCAGUGCUAUAUCAACUCCUGCUAGAUCCUAGCGAAAGGGUUUGUUUCGAGGCCAUCUUAUGUGUAUUGGGGAAAUAUGAUAACACGGAGAGGACUGAAGAGCGAGCUGCUGGAUGGUAUCGCUUAACCAGGGAGAUUUUGAAAUUGCCAGAAGCGCCCUCCGUAUCAUCGAAGGGAUCGGGUGCUGAAUCAAAUGAUUCAUCAAAAGCUUCCAAAGAUAAAUCGCAAAAAACCAGGCGUCCACAACCUCUUAUUAAACUUGUAAUGAGGAGGUUGGAGAGUGCUUUCCGUAGUUUUUCUAGGCCAGUACUUCAUGCAGCAGCAAGAGUUGUGCAGGAGAUGGGAAAAAGUAGGGCUGCUGCUUUUGCUGUAGGCUUGCAAGAUAUUGAUGAAGGAGUUAAUGUUACUGCAUACACUGAGGCUGUAGAUGAUGCAGAAUUCAAUGAAAAUCCUUAUGCAAGUGGAGUUCGAAGGGUCUCUUCUAUAUCUAGUGCAACAAGUGGCAAGGAUACAAUUGCAAGUUUGUUGGCUUCGUUAAUGGAGGUCGUGCGGACAACUGUAGCCUGUGAAUGUGUCUAUGUUCGAGCAAUGGUAAUCAAGGCAUUGAUUUGGAUGCAAGUUCCACAUGAAUCAUUUGAUGAACUAGAAUCCAUAAUUGCAUCAGAGCUUUCUGAUCCAGCUUGGCCAGCUGCACUGUUGAAUGAUAUUUUGCUCACACUGCAUGCUCGUUUUAAGGCCACUCCUGAUAUGGCUGUCACUCUACUAGAAAUUGCAAGGGUCUUUGCGACCAAAGUUCCCGGGAAGAUUGAUGCUGAUGUGUUACAACUGCUUUGGAAAACAUGUCUUGUAGGCGCUGGUCCUGAUGGGAAGCACACAGCCUUGGAAGCAGUGACUAUAGUUCUUGACCUACCACCACCCCAACCUGGGUCAAUGUCAGGACUCACAUCAAUAGAUAGGGUAUCUGCAUCUGAUCCAAAGUCAGCUCUGGCAUUACAGAGAUUAGUCCAAGCAGCAGUAUGGUUCCUUGGAGAAAAUGCAAAUUAUGCUGCUUCUGAAUAUGCAUGGGAAUCUGCAACUCCUCCUGGUACUGCAUUGAUGAUGCUAGAUGCAGAUAAAAUGGUUGCUGCUGCCAGCUCUCGUAACCCUACUUUAGCUGGUGCUUUGACUCGACUACAAAGGUGUGCUUUUAGCGGCAGCUGGGAGAUUCGCAUUGUUGCUGCUCAAGCCCUUACAACCAUGGCCAUCAGAUCUGGGGAGCCAUUUAGGCUACAGAUUUAUGAAUUCUUAAACGCGUUAGCACAUGGUGGCAUGCAGUCUCAAUUAUCAGAAAUCCAUCUGAGUAAUGGGGAAGAUCAAGGAGCCAGUGGAACAGGCCUUGGAGUCCUAAUUAGUCCCAUGAUAAAGGUUCUUGAUGAAAUGUACAGAGCUCAAGAUGAAUUGAUUAAGGAUAUACGCCACCAUGAUAAUACAAAUAAAGAAUGGACUGAUGAAGAGCUGAAGAAACUUUAUGAAACCCAUGAGAGGUUGCUAGACCUUGUUUCACUGUUCUGUUAUGUUCCUCGAGCAAAGUAUUUACCGCUGGGACCAAUAAGUGCAAAACUUAUUGACAUCUAUCGCAAAAAGCACAACAUAAGUUCAACAACCGGUUUAAGUGAUCCAGCUGUUUCUACUGGAAUAUCAGACCUAAUAUAUGAAUCAAAGCCACCUCGUGCCGAACCUGAUGCCCUUGAUGAUGACUUGGUGAAUGCUUGGGCAGCAAAUCUUGGUGAUGAUGGCUUAUUGGGAAAUAGUGCACCUGCAAUGAACAGGGUCAAUGAAUUUCUUGCUGGUAUGGGAACUGAUGCUCCAGAUGUUGAAGAAGAGAUAAUAGUAUCUAGACCUUCAGUUAGUUAUGACGAUAUGUGGGCCAAGUCACUUUUAGAGUCUUCAGAAUUAGAGGAGGAUGCAAGGUCAUCUGGGUCAUCUUCCCCAGACUCAACAGGAUCAGUUGAAACGUCGAUAUCAUCCCAUUUUGGUGGAAUGAACUACCCGUCAUUGUUCAGUUCAAAGCCAACCAGUUAUGGAACAUCACAAACCUCGGAGAGGUCAACAGGAAAAAGGUAUAGUGGUUCCUCCUCAAUUUAUGAGGGAGCAGGUUCUCCGAUUAGAGAAGAACCUCCAUCAUAUGCAUCAUCUGUCAUGCAAAGAUACGAGUCAUUUGAGAACCCUGGCCGGGACUCCCAGAGCUUUGAUUCUCAGGAUGAAGAACGACCUUCCGGAAAUCCACAAUCGGGAACAGCACUCUAUGACUUCACUGCAGGAGGAGAUGAUGAGUUGAAUUUAACAGCUGGAGAAGAGGUUGAAAUUGAGUAUGAAGUUGAUGGGUGGUUCCAUGUGAAGAAGAAGCGUCCUGGAAGGGAUGGCAAAAUGUCUGGCCUAGUUCCUGUCCUCUAUGUCAAUAAAUCUUGAAAUAGUAGAAGAAAUUUAUUCUUAUUUCACAUUCUUCACGAUGUGUUGUAUGUCUCGUGGAUGACCGUGGUUUGUUGGAAGGCAUCACUUGCUCGACUCCAGACAGAAGACAGUGCAAACAAGGUUUGAGGGUUGCAUCUAAAGUUUUUAUUAUUGUCCAAAUUUGAUCUUAAUUGAGGAAUGUAUCUCGUUUUGAUGCAGUCCAUUUUUGAGUUUUGUGCUUUAUUUGAACAUGCACUCGUGAUUUGCCUAUUUUGUCUGAGAAAAUGCAUUGUAGUCUGGAGAGCCCUUAGAAUUUACAUAUUUUUUUAGUAAACACUUCUAAUUUUAUGCCUGAAUUAAAUCUCUUCAACUAUUAUUUUCAGAGACAUGAAAAACUUGGAGGUUA